AUGUCCGUAAUUCAAGAGCUCAAGGGUCUAGCAGGGUUCGACGAGAGCGGGGUCAGCCUCUUCAAGUCCCCUGCAGCCAUUGAUGAGAUGUGGGCCAGCCAGCAGCGACACCUGGAAUGCAUCCAAGACCCACCAGGCAUGGCCAUGUACAGGGUUGCCCGUACCACGACCAUCAACGGUGUGGACCUCCCGUAUUAUAAAUGCGUGCGUGGGAGCAACAGCCUGGAGGGGUUCCAUAAGGCGCUGCCCCAUAUGAUUCCAGGUCCCCACUGUGCGGCACGGCCUUACCAGGUCUACCUCAUCAGUGGGAUCGCCAGGUGGAACUCUGACCGGAGCUCGGAUGCAGUGUUUGGGGGCAGAGGCCGGCACAGGCGAGUCUACUCGGCGCCGCUCAUUGACCGCCUCAACUCCCGCUGCAAGCAGCUGUUUGGCGAGACGGUGGAAGAGAACUUCAGGGCCCCGGCCGCCGUCCAGUCAAAUGAGCUGCUUGGUCUUGAAUAUCUUUUCAGCCAAAGCACAGGGGAGGCCUUCUCUCUUGAGGGCAUUGUCAAUGACGGUCCUGGCCGGAGGAGGAGGUCAUUCAGCCUGGGCAGGCUGACUCAGACGACGAAGCAGACGAAGCAGACGAGGCGUACCAAAGCGACGAGGACCAUCCUACUUCAACCCCCUGCCUUUGAGGAUGUCUGCAGUGAAAAUCCUCUGCCGGGGUUUCAAAAGCUGGAGGCAUUCUGUGCUGCACUGGUGGAGGUCGGCUUGACAGACCAGACGUUGCUCCUCAACACCGCGCAAAGGAACCGGGUCCUCGAGGCCUGGAAUGUGGUGGAGGAGCACGACAAGCAGCCACAGAAGUACCACCAGCUAUACCGCACACACUGGGGUAACACGCUGUACUGCCGCACUAAGAGGGAUGACCUUGCUGACGCCGCCUUGGUCCAGAAGGUGAAGAUGGCAAAAAGGUACGCGCCAGCACAGCAGGACAUCAGCCCGCAGCACAACCGCCUCAUGUACGUGCUUUGUCAAGCUUCUGUGGCUGCGCUCCCCUCAGGCCUCUCGCCCCAGCCCAGAGAAGACCAGCAUCCUCAAGGCCUAUGAGAGGAUCCA